AUGACUGAACAAAACAUAUUCAACAACUGGAUACAACGUCCAUCAUCUGCCCAUGGCAAUCUUCUAAGCCAUCCAUGUUAUCAAUCAAGUCUAUUAGAUGAUGGUCAUGCACCGGGUACUGUCGACGAAUGGAGAAAAUCGUUAUCAAGCAAUAAACCUCAAUUACGCAUGUCCAAUAUUAAUCGAAAUGCGGAAGACUAUGAUCAAAAUUUAGAAAUAAAAUCAUAUUUUCAAUCGUUUAAAAAUUUACGACGACUGACCAUCGCGAACCCAACUAAUAUUCAACAAUAUGAAGUUAUUCUUUUGAAACGAGCUAAAAGUUAUGCAUUAGUUGGUCUUAAAGGAGAACUGAAACCCAAAAAACAAGAAGAUCCAAGGGAAAUAGAAAUUGAAGACAAUAGAAAUUUGCCGAUUGAAGAGAGAUUUAAUAUUAAUGCAUUACAAACAUUAAAAUAUGCUUUCGCUCAAAAUUUAACUAAAGAAGAUUCUGACAUUGAUGGAUCAGGACAGAUGACAUUAGAUGAAUUUACUCGAAUUCUUAAACGAUGUAUAGGUUCACAGCGAGGCAUUGAUGAGCUAAUAGAAAAUUUAUUUUAUAAAAUUGAUUAUAAUGCUGAACAAAUCAUAACAUGGGAUGAAUUAUGUACAUUUCUUCAAUUGAAUUUUAAUGAAAAAGCUGAUUCUGAAUAUCAUGCUAAAGAAAUCUCAUUUUUAAUACCAGCUAGACUUCUAAAAACUCCACAUCGAUAUCCUUGUUCAACUAUUGUACUUUCUCCUGAUAAUCAAUAUUUAGCAUUAGGCAGUGAUGGAACAAUAUCAGUAUGGACACAAAAUGGCGACUUCAAAAUAGCUAAAUCUGUAGCAGCAACUGCAGGCAUUGAUCAAACAUUAACAGCAAGAGAACGUUUGGAGAAACGUAAAGAUCAACAAACUCGUUCGCAACCAAAAUGGAUUACCGAUUGUCAAAUCAUACCAGAAUUUAAUAAAGUUGCUGUUAGUACUGGAGAUCGUGAAAUUCAAUUUUGGGAUCAAACUUAUUGUUUUAGUACAUCACGUGAAGUUCAAACAAAUGAUUUACCGUGUACACAAAUUUGUUCAUUAGAUAGUGUACCAAUUAAACUUAAUUACGGGAUUACUACACCUGAUGAAUUACUUCUUGUUUAUGGCGAUACAGAUGGUUGCGUUAAUAUUUUGAUAUUUCUUGCUGCUCGUGAAAUUUUUCGUUUAUUAACAACUCUUGAACGUCGUAAAGGAAUUCCGACAGUUAAUUUCGAUCGUUUUCUUGAUUCAUACAAAUGUGAUUAUGUUCGUUGGCAAGUUCAUCGAGAAUGGAUUGAACUUAUUUAUUAUGAUGCAAGACUCAAUCAAGUAAUAUCAUGUUCCAAUGAUCAAAACUCUGCUGUUGUUAUUGGUUGUCUGCGAGCAAGUGCUAGUUCAGAAAUUCAGUUAACUGAAAAUGGUUUUGCUGAAUUGAAAACUUCUCAAACAAGACCAACUGAUCCUAAAGUAGGAUCACGUAAAAGACGAGGCACGAUGUCAACAGGUUCUUACUCAUUGAAUAGCGUGGACGUCAAUGAAGAAGCUACUCUUCCAGCGAUGACAAAUAAUCGAAAUAAACGUGAUUCAACAACAUCCUAUUUAACACAUUCGUCCUCUCAAGAUACGCAUUCAAAGAAAGCUGCUGGUCAAGACACUCGAACUGACGUUAUAACAACAACAUCACGUUCAAUUUCUCGUCGCCAGCCGAUAGUUCGUGCUGCACAAAUGCGUUGUGAUGCUGAUCAAACUGUUUUUAAAAUUCACAAAGGUGUUAAAACAUUUGAUUUAUGCACAGCAAAAAAUGUUCUUGUAACCGGUGGGAUGGAUCGCGUUGUACGUCUAUGGAAUCCAUAUUUACCAGCUCGACCUGUUGCUAGACUUCGUGGUCAUAAUGCACCCGUUUUUCUUGUUAAAAUAGCUGUUGAAGAUGAUCGAUUAUUUUCUAUAUCAGCUGAUAAAACUGUUCUGAUUUUAUCAUAA